AAAGGAACGAAUCAGUUCAGGAAGUGAUUCGGUUCAGUACGUUCACUCAAAAGAUUCGUUCUUUCGAACGAAUCGUUUGCGAACGACACAACACUACAGAUCAGCCCCACGUACAUACCACGCACUGCUGGAUUGCUCCUUCUGGAUAUAUUCGUAUUGUCAUUAUCGUUGCCGAUAGCGUCGUGAAAGGCAUACAGCUUUAAUAUGCCUUUGCCCGUGCAGGUAUUUAACUUUCAGGGGGCUGUGGAACCCAUGCAGAUUGAUGCCGACCCCCAGGAGGACCAGCAGAAUGCGCCAGACAUCAACUAUAUUGUGGAGAACCCAACCCUGGACCUGGAACAAUACGCAACCAGUUACAGUGGACUAAUGCGUAUCGAGAGGCUCCAGUUUAUCGCAGAGCAUUGCCCACAGCUCAGAGUGGAAGCCCUGAAGAUGGCCCUUACCUUCGUCCAGAGGACCUUCAAUGUUGAUGCUUACGAAGAGGUCCACCGCAAACUAACUGAUGCCACGCGGGAAGUGCAAGGUGUACCAGAAACGGCUCCUGAGGGUGCAGCUGUCCCGCCUCCCCUAGACACGGCAUGGGCAGAGUCCACUCGGAAGAAGGCUCUUCUUAAACUGGAGAAAUUAGACACUGAUCUAAAGAAUUACAAGGGAAACUCAAUAAAAGAGAGUAUCAGGAGAGGACAUGAUGACUUGGGAGACCAUUACCUGGACUGUGGUGACCUCAGUAAUGCCCUCAAGUGCUACUCCCGAGCCAGAGACUACUGCACCAGUGCUAAACAUGUCAUUAACAUGUGUCUAAAUGUAAUCAAGGUUAGCGUUUAUCUCCAGAACUGGUCCCAUGUACUAAGCUAUGUCAACAAGGCAGAAUCUACGCCAGAGAUUGCAGAGCAAAGAGGGGAGCGCGACAGCCAAAAUCAAGCAGUUCUCACCAAAUUAAAGUGCGCUGCAGGUCUGGCGGAGCUCGCCUCUCGGAAAUAUAAACCAGCUGCCAAGUGCUUCUUGCAGGCAUCCUUUGAUCACUGUGACUGUCCAGAGCUUUUGUCACCCAGUAAUGUAGCAGUUUAUGGAGGUUUAUGUGCGUUGGCCACAUUUGACAGACAAGAGCUCCAACGUAACGUCAUCUCCAGCAGCUCGUUUAAGUUAUUUUUAGAAUUAGAACCCCAAAUUCGCGACAUCAUCUUCAAGUUCUAUGAGUCCAAGUAUGCUUCUUGUCUCAAGCUACUGGAUGAAAUGAAGGAUAACCUUCUUUUGGAUAUGUACUUGGCUCCACAUGUCCGGACACUGUACAGCCAAAUCAGAAACAGAGCCCUCAUCCAGUAUUUCAGCCCCUACGUGUCAGCAGACAUGACUAAGAUGGCACAGGCCUUCAACACUACAGUGGCGGCUCUGGAAGAUGAGCUCACCCAACUAAUCCUGGAGGGACUCAUCAACGCACGCAUUGAUUCCCAUAGCAAGAUUUUGUAUGCAAGAGAUGUGGACCAGAGAAGCACCACAUUUGAAAAGUCGCUCCAAAUGGGUAAAGAGUUCCAGAGACGAGCCAAAGCAAUGAUCCUCAGGGCUGCUGUGCUUCGCAACCAGAUCCAUGUAAAGUCUCCACCCAGAGAAGGCAGUCAGGGUGAACUGACACCAGCCAACAGCCAGACAAGAAUGAGCACCAACAUGUGAGUGCGCACACCCACGGCAGGAAAGGAUCACCCAGCCUUCCUUUAGCACCGCUCACCUCAGUCCAACUCAUACUUUUCUUGCUGAAGACAGAACAUGGAGCACACAAUUUGAAGACUUCAAAGUUUUGGAUUUAUCUCUUUUAUCGCGCUCCACGUAAAAAAAAGCUUCAAUUGUGGAAGUAUUUCGACGCAGAAAAUGCGAGCGGAUUAGAAUGCAGCACUUAAGCUGGUGUCGGUUUAAGGUGCACUUUGCUGCGCUUAUUCGUAAUAAAGGAAUCAUGAACACAAACAACGUUUUAAAAUAAAAUGCCAUCUAAAAUA